CUCACUGGGCCCUAAAUGCUCGCUGACCUGGGGACAAUAUAAAACAGGUCAGAGCCCUCUUGUCUGCCUAUUCAGUUUCUUCCAAGAAGCAGCUGCUCCAGGAGCAGAGGUACCAUGCAGUCCCGGGUCCUCCUCAUUGCUACCCUCCUGGCGCUCCUGGCCUCUGUCCGAGCCUUGGAGGACGAGGAUGCCUCCCUUUUGGGCUUCAUGCAGGGCUACGUGCAGCAAGCCAGCAAGACGGCCCAGGACGCUCUGACCAGCAUGCAGGAGUCCCUGGUGGCCAGGGGCUGGAUGACUGAUGGCUUCGACUCCCUGAGGGACUACUGGAGCACACUUAAGGGCAAGGUCUCCGGGUUCUGGGAUUCGACUUUUGAGACCACACCAGCUCCAGUUUGAGACCUCCACACCCCCAGCACACCUGCCCAUCCAGCCUGCCGGCUCCGUGGGUCCUGCAACCGCCAGGGCUGCUCCUGAAGGUCGCUUGAAAGGAACAGCAUUCUCAGUGUCCUCCCACCCCAUUCCCCAGACCUGACCCACCCCCAGGCAUGCUGUCCUCCCAAUAAAGCUGGACAAGAAGCUGCUGUGA